AUGACGACCGCCGCCCGGCCGACCUGGGCGCCCGCGAAGGGCGGCAACGAGCAGGGAGGGACUCGGAUCUUCGGCCCCUCCCAGAAGUACUCAUCCCGUGAUCUCGCCGCUCAUACGACGCUCAAACACAGGUUCCUCCUCUCUCUUUCUCUAACUCUCUCCAACUCUCUCUAUCUCUUUCUAUCUCUCUCUAACUCUCUUUCUCUCUCUAUCCCUUCUUGUAUCCAUCGUCGUGUUGUUGCAGGAGGGAUGGACAGGAUACUCUGGAGGAGGUACAGAAGAGGAACCUCCGGGAGGAGCUGGAGGAGCGAGAGCGGAGGCAUUUUUCUUCCAAGGACAAGGGUUACGCCGGUAAUUCGCAAUGUUUCUUAGGGUUUUUCUUCCGUGGUCCAUUUCAUCAUCAGCUGUCGUAGACACCAACUGUUGUACAUUUUGUUCUCGAUUUGGGCUGCGCAGAUGACAGAGAUAGAAGAAAAUCAGGCCAGCUGCUCUUAGAAGGUACGUCGGAACCCUAAAAUCAUUUCCAAUUGCGGUAAUCUUUCAUCCCCUGUUCUUGUGCUGACGGUGGUUGACUUUUCAAUCGUGAAGGGGUGAAAAGGGAGGCCGAGGACCGACUCAUCCCACGCAGUGUAGACGCGGAUGAUUCCGAUAUCGAGGCCAAAAGCGACGACGAAAGGUACGCUUUGAUGCUAUUUAUAUUUCCUUCUAAUUGAUCAGAAAAUACGGUCAAAUUCAGACACAAAAGGUCAAUGAUUCCACCCGCACGUUGAUUUUCCUACGUUCUUGGAGCUGUAGCAGCUGCCAUCUGGGGAAUCAUAAGAACUCAUCCUACAUCGCAUGGCUCAUUUUCUAAUCCGGGUCGUGUGAAUGUCGGUCGUUCAGCGACGAGGACGAUGACGAGGAUGACGCGGAGGCUCUGAUGGCCGAGCUGGAGCAGAUCAGGAGGGAACGGGCUGAAGACAAGCUCCGGAAGGUAUGUGCUUUGUCAUGACUGAGAGAUGCUCAAGAGCCUUCUUCUCUGAUCUGGAUGGUUUCUCCGAUGCAGGAGAGGCUGAGGCAGGAGGAGGAGCUGAAGGCGAAGGAGGCUGAACUGAUCAGGGGCAACCCCCUUCUCAACAACGCGGCUUCCUUCAGUGUGAAGAGGAGGUUCUGCUCUCUCUCUCUCUCUCUCUCUCGCUCUGUGUUUUAUGGGUGGGGAAUCCUUGCUGACGCGUCACACGGGGCUGCCAGGUGGGAUGAUGACGUAGUGUUUAAGAACCAGGCCCGGGGGGAAGCCAAGGCCCCAAAGCGAUUCAUCAACGACACCAUAAGGAACGACUUCCACCGCAAGUUCCUCCAUAAGUACAUGAAGUGA